CGGGAGCAGCCAGUGACCUCUCUCUGCGAGGUGGAAGCUGAACCCGCGCUUACAAAAAUCGCGACGGUGGCCUCUCUCCAGCGGCAACUCGACAGCCGACAGGGCUCCGGUGAGGCGGACAGGCACAGCUGCUGACGGUCUCUUUAGGUCUAUAGACAGUGACUGAGGAAUACCCAGGAUCAGCCCCAUGGGGGAGACGAUUGGCAUUCUCAAAGUCAUAGUCGUGCAAGGAAAAAGGCUGGUGAUCAGAGAUUUUACAAGCAGUGAUCCUUAUGUAAUUCUGAAACUGGAUAAUCAGACUUUCAAGACAAAGGUCAUAAACUCUUGCCUUAAUCCAGUCUGGAAUGAGGAAUUCACUUUCUCUGUUACUGAUUCCUUUGCAACCCUAAAAUUGGAAGUAAUGGACAAGGAUCGGUUCAAGGCAGAUGACAAGAUGGGGCAUGCGCACCUAGAAUUACGUCCUAUUAUAUCUGCGUCAAGGCUGUGUCGCGUCCUUCAUAGCUCGGCUGGAGAUGGAGAGACCAGGAUGCGCAAAGUAGUCCCUGGGAAGGACAACUGUUUGGUGAGGGACAGUUUUGUGUGUUGUGUAGAGGGGGAAAUUGUUCAGGAUGUUUGGCUGAGGCUGUGUGAUGUUGAGUCAGGAGAGCUGGAACUCAAAUUGAAGUGGAUUGAUGUCAGCAGUCCUGCGAACCCAUCCUUUCCACAAAGCGUCCAGCAAUAGUGUAUAUUUGAUGAAAUUGCUUGGAUAUCUCUCUUCCCCCACUCUCCGUGGAUGUGUAUUAUGUGGUUGUAGGUGGACGCAAGCUCGAAAUGUUCUUUAUUUUUUGCCUUCUAUAUGAAGUGGCCACUCUCCAUAUCAA